UGGCACGUCAGUUCAUUUUUCAGUGUUAACAAUAUGUUUUAUUAUUUUUUUAAUAAAAAUCUGAUAAUUCCGCACAUAUAUAAAUUUUACUGACAAUAACUUAUUGGGAAAUGAUAUAAUCGAAAUGACGGAAGAAGAAAGUGUUGAUAUUAAGCAACAAUUAGAUGAUUUACUAACAAAAGUGCAACCAAAUCUUCAAGAUGUUAUCAAAAGAAGUUUUACUAAUGUUGCGCUGCAACAAACUAAAAAUGGUGAACAAGUUAAACCUGAUAUUUUGGAAGACACUUCAUAUUUCGCCAAAAAUACCCAAGUCAAUCUCACCAGGCUAGAACUAGUCAGAACACCAACAUUCCACAUUCAGGCCCUGUCUUUAGACCUCAAGUCUAUGGCACUAAAAUUUCGUUGUUCAUUAGGAGAAGUUAACAUAAAAGGACUGUAUAGUGCAUUUAAUGAAAACUUAUACAAUCUUAUACCAGUUAUGGCAGAAGGUCAUGUAUUAAUGUCAUUGUCAAACAUGACUGCAGAUGUGGAUGUUGGUUUAGUGCUAGAAGAUGAUGCAUACUCCUUUAUUAACCCUGGAAUAGAAUUUACACAUGAUGAGGUUCUUGUAAAGCUAUCAUGGCCUUCGCCACAAAGAAGCGGCGGAUAUGAAUUUACUACAACAGAGCAACUUGCAAAACAUAUUGAUGACCUGCCUCUGACAGCGGCGAUAUCGCUACCUCUUUACGCGCUACUGAGAGAGAAACUUCAGAGGCACCUUGCCCUUGUACUGCGGCAGUCCACCAGCAUCUCUGAAGUGGUGUGCUGCAACCCUAGCCUCUUAGAAGAAUACAGUGCCAUGGUGGAUAGCCUAGCGCAGAACGGUAACAAAAUUAUAGACAUGGUGCUAAUCAACGUCAGGAGAACACUGUUGCAAAACCGACGAGAAGUUCUCGAGCUCCCUCCUUUGCACGCAACGUUUUUGCACAAGAUAGGUUCAAUAUCGUUUAUAGGCAAAUUCGAGACGGGUACCGGCUGGGUGAAAAACUUGGCGACUAUUAAUCGAAUAAACGAUGUUAGCAUAAGCAGGGCCGACCCCCUGAAGACCAGCUUCCAUGUCACGCUCACAAUAAAGGAUUUACAAGUGGGUUACGACGAGUACCGAAUGCGGGCGAUGGGCGUGUCGUGCUCGGGUCGGCUGGCGGCGGCGCUGGCCGGUAGCGCUCUGCAUCUCGCGCUGUCAGCGGGGCUCGCGCGGUGGGAGCCCUACGUGCAGCUCGACGACUUGCGGAUACAACGCCUCGACUCUAUGGACUUACACGUGACGGGCCUGGGCCCGCUGAGCGGCACGGCCGGCGGCGUGGCGGCCUGGGCCCGCGGGGCCGCCGCCUCCCACGCCGCGCCCGCACUCGCGCGGCAGCUGCACCACGAGCUGCACCUCGCGCUCGCCCACCUGCCGCUGGACGAGCUACUACACGCGCCCCACUAG